CCGAAAUGAAAUAAUAUUAAAAAAGAGGAGCUUCCUCCCCAAGUUCUCACUUCCUCCUCUUCAAGCUUUCAGAAUCGAGCUAGUCAGAAUCGAUUGAGAGAACUGAGAACCAUGGUUCUCUUCUUUCUUUAAGAAAGCAAGUGAUUUCAAAAAGAGGAGAUCAUCGAAUCGAAUCACAUCAUCGGUAAAGAAAAAAAAACAAAACAUCCGGAAAUCACAACCAUGGAGAUAUUACAUUCCAAAACAUCUACAUCAGAGUUCAGAGGGAUCGAGCUUGAGAACGGUCUGUGUGCCGUAUUAAUAAGCGAGCCCUUAUGUCAAGAUGAUGGGUAUGGCAGUCAGUAUCCAGCAGCAGUAUCAUUGGCUGUGAGGUCAGGAAGUUUUUUUUGAUCCUCCAGAACUCCAAGGAUUAUCCCACCUGAUUGAACAUAUGCUCUUCAUGGGUUCAAAACGAUUCAGCGGUGAUAUUACCAACUUCUUGGCUAAACAUGGAGGCAGUUCAAAUGGCUUUACAGAAAAGGAGCAUACUAUCCUUUAUCUCCAUGUCAAGCCAGAUUACCUUAAACCUACUUUAGAAAGAUUUUCUGAUUUUCUUAUUGCACCCGUCCUGGACCCCGCACUUAUGGCUAAAGAGAUAUGUGCCAUUGAUUCAGAAUAUAACACUCACAAGGAAAAUAAUUUUAACCUUAUCGAAGGACUCAGGGCACAUACAUCCAAGAAAGGACACAUAUUUAAUAGAUUCUGUUGUGGUAACAAAGAAUCCCUUAGCAAUGCCAAUCCCAAUCUCGGUGAACAUGCUAAGAAGUUAUUCGAUGAAUGCUUCUCUGGUGGUGCAAUGAAACUUUGUGUUAUAGGAGGAGAGGACCUCGAUACACUUGAGAGCUGGGUGAGACGGUUUUUUGGCCCCAUCAGAAAAGGACCACCAAAAACUAUCCAUAUCCCUGCCUUCAACAUAAGAGAGCCCAUAUGGGAUGCUUCUAUAUCAUACGGGCUACAAAUUAAAGCUGGUCAUAUUCUUGAGAUUUCAUGGAUUCUUCCACCUCUAUCACCCAACUUUUAUUUGGAAAGGCCUGAACAGUAUCUUGUCAAACUAUUAAAUCAGCAGGGUAAAGGAAGUUUGUUUGCUUUCUUCAAGAACGAAGGAUGGGCAAAUUCUUUAAACGUAGUGCCUUUUGAUGGAUGCAAUUGCACCUCAGUAGGCUGUCUGUUUAUCAUUUCCAUGAACCUGACACUCUCUGGCUUGGAAAAGAGAUAUGAACUGAUUAGUUACACUUAUCAAUACCUCAUGUUAGGGGUGGAUCCAACCCCAACAAAAGGGCCCGGCCCAGGAAAAAGCCCAUAAAUAUCCCUUUCAAGAGAAGAGGGUAUUAUGGUAUUUUUCCUAGACGAACCGACACAAUUCCCUAUAAAUACGGGCGUACGGCCUGUAGAAAAGGGGAUCGGAGAAAAGCAGGAGAAUUUGUGCAGCAAGUACAAAAAGCUUAGCUCGUCCAAGCAAAAGUCAACGGUUCCAAACUCAUAGCUUGGAGAAUCGACGAGAUAUCAGCUCGUCUAUUAUCCUCGUCUACCUUUGUAACCCGUUCAAGUCGCGUUGUAGCCCGUCUUUUGUGU